AUUUGAUACCGACUUCCUUCCGGGCGGCAGCGUGUGGAAAGCAGCAAAACGUUCAGUUUAUGAAUCAAGCAACCGAACGCGGUUGAAUAAAAAAAACUACAAUUUAAAGAUGGUUAAGUUAUCAGCAGAACUCAUCGAGCAGGCGGCUCAGUACACGAACCCCGUGCGGGACCGAGAGCUGGACCUGAGAGGGUAUAAAAUUCCCGUCCUGGAAAACCUAGGAGCCACGCUUGACCAGUUUGACACAAUCGACUUCUCCGACAAUGAGGUCAGGAAACUGGACGGGUUCCCCCUCCUGAAGAGGCUCAAGACCCUGCUGCUGAACAACAACAGAAUAUGUCGCUUUGGUGAAAACCUUGAACAUGCUUUGCCAAGUUUGACGGAACUGAUUCUUACAAGCAACAACAUUCAAGAACUGGGUGAUUUGGACCCACUGGCUACUGUGAAGACUUUGACUCUCCUCAGUCUGCUGAGGAAUCCUGUCACGAACAAGAAGCACUACAGGCUCUAUGUCAUCAGCAAAAUCCCACAAAUCAGAGUGCUGGAUUUCCAGAAAGUGAAGCUGAAGGAACGACAAGAAGCAGAGAAAAUGUUCAAGGGCAAACGUGGUGCCCAGCUUGCAAAGGAUAUUGCCAAGCGAACGAGAACGUUCACCCCUGGAGCGGCGGUGCAGACUGAGAAGAAAGCGGGUCCAUCCCAGGCCGACGUGGAAGCCAUCAAGAAUGCGAUUGCCAACGCCUCGUCUCUGGCGGAGGUGGAGAGGCUGAAGGGGAUGCUACAGGCUGGUCAGAUCCCAGGAAGAGAUCUUCGACAAGGCCCAGAAGAAGUGGUUGAAGAAGAAGAAGAAGAGGAGGAGGAGGAAGAGCAGGAGGAAGAGAGUGAUGUUGUGCAAACGGCAGGCGAACAGCCCAUGGAUGAUGGGGGGGAGGAGAACAUGGAUGGUGAAGCUGAAGAAGAAGUCGAGGAGGAGGAGGAGGAAGAGGAGGAGGCGGCGGCUAAAGGCGAGGAAGAGGAUGAUGGCAUGGAUGAGGAUCCACCAGUCAAUGGCUCCUGAGUGUCCUAAUAACUGUUUUUGUUUUAUUUUUUUUAUAUAUUUCUGUUGAACCAACAUGCAAUGAUGUCAAUAAAAUUUGUUUUUUGUUAAAUUUGUGUCCGUGUCGGACUGUUAAGAUCUACAAAUGCCAAUUAAAACGUGCACCUGAAUUGAGUA